AUGACCGUGCCCAUCGACCAGCUCACGAACGCGCAGAUUAAGGAGGAGCUGCGCACGUUGUACGCCGUCACCGACUUCGCCGACUGCAUCGAGCACGGCGAUCUCCAGAAGAAACUGCAGGCAAUUCGCGACUCGACCCCCAUCACUCACGGCCUCCGCUAUGGCACGCUGCUGGAGAUCGGUAACAAGAACCCGACUGGCGUCGUCACCCUCGCUCACGGUCUCGGCGACUCCGCGUACGGCUGGGAGAGCGUCGGCCACGAACUCUUGCGCCGCCUGCCGCACCUUCUCUUCCUGCUGCCUACCGCCCCGUCACGGAGCGUGACGAUCAACGGCGGCAUGUCGAUGCCCGCUUGGUAUGACAUCAUGGACAUGUGCAACAACGGCCUGCUUAGCGGCCGGCAGGAUGCCACCUCCGUCCGACAGUCCUGCGACUACGUGCGUAGCAUCGCCCACGUGGCGACGAAGAAGUAUGGCAUCUCGCCCCAGCGUGUUGUCUACAGCGGCUUCUCCCAGGGCGCGGCCAUCUCACUCUGCACUGGGCUGACGGCGCACAUUGCCCCGGCUGGCAUUGCGUGCAUGUCCGGCUACCUAGCUGCGUGCACGGAUGUGCUGCCGCGCAUUGUGCAGAAGGCCGUUCCUAUCACCAUGUUCCACGGCCGUCAAGACCCCGUUGUGCCCUUUUCCGCCGCGAAGGAGACGCAGAAGAUUUUGGAGAAGGACGGCGGUGUCGCCCCGAUCAGCUUCCUUGAGUACGACAUGGAUCACUCCACCCUCCCGCAGGAGAUCAAUGACCUCACCUCGUUUUUAUCUUGCGUUCUGCCAGAGAAGUUCUAA